AUGGGUUAACUGCUAUUAAAAAACAUAGUCAGUAUUAUAGAUAUUGGUAGUUAAAGGGAAAAAGAUAGUAUUGCAUUAGGUUUGAAUUCAUGUGCAUCAGUUUCAGUUCUUGUGUGCUAUUUCAUGAUUUAUCGUCAUGGAAAGUAUAGAUUAAUUAUUCGACUUCUUGUUUAAACCAUUAUUGUUAUUCAUUAUGAAAUUGCAUUAUAUGAAAGGAAUACUAUUUCAGCUUAAAGUUCUAUAAUUUACAUGAUGUAAAUUUAACUAUAUUUAUAACGACACAAUGGAAUUUUUGAUUAUAUGGGUCAUUUUGCGCUUAUUUAUGCUAUUUUAAGAUUUCUAAUUAGAGAAUUUUCAAACUUAUUGUUUUCUGAAAUACUUCUAAUUUUCUUAUGGUAACCUUUAAAUCAUUAUUUACUCUAUUAAUUGAGAUUAAAGAAACCAUAUAAGAAAGAAGAAACUACAACUUAAGUUCAUUUUUAGACGAUCUCAUCUCCUUAAGUCUAAAAUACAUAGGGUGGAGAAGAGCUAGUAACAAAAACUAAUGUAAAUGAAGAUUAUUUUAAUUAUAUCCCAGAAGGUUUAGUAAUUUUAGAUGAAUCUUUCAAUAUUAUUAAACAUAACUAAAAGAUUCUGUAAUAUUUAUAAAUUAAAGAACCUUCAACAAUUCCUAUUACUUUAGAUAGCUUAAUUAAAAUGUAAUUUGUCAUAUAUACUUUAAGUGCUUAAAAAAAUAAAGUUCCAAUCAAAGAGAAGGAAAAAAAGAAACCAAUACAUAUAAAAGUCUUAAAAUAGAAUAGUGAAAUGUAAUUUAGUUACAAUGGUUCUUUGGCUUCAUCUUUGAAAAAAUAAUUUUGGACAUCUGAUAGAAAUUAAAUUAACUACAGUUUUUCAAAAGGAGAUUCUUUAAUUUAUCCAUCUCUUUAAGCUAUAUUUAAUGAGUUCAAAUUAAAAAAUAUAAAUGAAAGCAUGACUGUAAAUUCAGAAUCUUGUAGUAUUGUCAAAUAUUAAAUUGCUCAAGAAUCCUAAAUAAAAUACAAACAUAUUUAAAUUAAAAUUUAUGAAAUUAAAUUACCUUCUAAUUCAAAAUCAGCUCUCUUUUUAUUUAUUGUUGAAAAUAUCACAAAUAAGGAAUAAUUAAAAUAAUUAACCAGUAGAUUUAUUUUUUAAUAACAGUUACUGAACUCAUUCAGUCAUGAAUUAAGAACACCUCUUAAUUGUACUCUUUCAUUGUUGUAAGUUCUUAAAAGUAAAUUAAAGAAUGAUGAAAUUAAUAAUGAAUACUUAAAUCCAGCUAUAGUAACAAGUCAUCGUCUAUUGUAUUAGAUUAAUGACAUUUUAGAUUAUGCUUAAAUCGAAUGUUAAGAUUUUAAAAUUAAUAUUAGUGAAUUUAGUGUUGGUGAAAUUUUUUAAACUUUAAAAGAUUUCUUUAUAUAAGAAUGUGAAUAAAAGUAAAUUUAAUUAAUAAUUGAAACAGACUGUUUGAUUGUUAUAAGAAAUGAUAAAGAUCGAAUAAUUUAAGUACUUAUUAAUUUGAUAAGCAAUUCAAUUAAGUUUACUCAUUAAGGAGGGAGGAUAGUAAUAAAUGUAAAUAGAAGAGAUAAUAUGUAUUAAUUCACAGUAUGGGAUAAUGGAAGAGGUAUUUCAAAUUAGACAUUAACUAACAUUUUUGAAUAACCAAAUAGUAUGAGUUCAAGCAGUAGAGCCAAUGAUACUUAAUCUUAUUCAUAUAAAUUAGGAAUAGGUUUAAAAGUAAGCAGAGGAAUUGUCAAAUAUCUAAGCAUUAAUGGUGAUUUAAUCAUUAAAAGUUAAUUUGGUUGUUACACUUCAAUUAAUUUCUUUGUUGAAGAUAAAUAUAUGAAAAUUGAUGAUGAUGUUUCAGAAAAAGAAACUAUUCUAAAAUUAGGCAGCAAAAACAAUUUAAAAAAAUGUAAUUGCCCAUAAAUAUUAAUUGUUGAUGAUAUACCUUUUAAUCAUAUUGCUUUGAUAGCAAUUCUUAAUAAUUUUGGCAUUUAAGCAGAGAGUGCAUAUGAUGGAAUUUAGGCUAUUGAGAAGGUGAAUGAAAGAAUAAAAAAUCCUUAAUGUUGUUUAUCUUAUAGGAUAAUUUUUAUGGAUUUGGAAAUGCCAGGUAAAAAUGGAUUUCAAACAUCCACUGAAGUAAGUUUCAAUUGAUUUAUAGAUAGUAACAAUUUUAAAAAAAGUAAAUGUUUAAUCUGUCAUUGUUAUGUAUUCUGCCUACACUGGAGAAGAGAAUAUUGAACAAGCACGAUUAUGUGGUAUGAAAGAAUUCAUACCAAAACCAAUAUCACUAAAUAGAUUAUAAAUCUUGAUAAAUAAGUACUUUUCCCAAUAAGUUUGA